UUACAAGGAAAUGAUGCAGCUAAUAGUUUUAGUGUUUAUGGUAAAGAAGUUGAUAUAUUUACAAGUUCUAACCAGUCUUCUGCUGGUAGUAAUAAGGUUAAAAUCACACCAGUAGUUAAUUUCGAUUGGGAUCCUAAAUAUUAUAUUGGUAACUUAGUCGCUGUACAUAGAGACAAUGUAUUUAUGGCUUAUGUUCUUAAAGGUAUGUGUAAAACUGGUGGAAAUGUUCGAAUUAUUAAUCGUAAAACUGCAGUAAGAUGGUUAAUAAAAUGUACAAGUGGAAGAAUUGUUGAUAUAGCAUUUGCUCAUUCAGAUGCUGUUAUUUUAGCCUCUGUAGAUGAAAUUGGAAACUUAUUGGUUCAUGAAAUGCAAGAGAUAGAAGGACAGACUGUAAAUACACUGAUAUUGAAUAUACAGAGACCAGAUAAUACUGUAGCUUGUGAAUAUCACCGUAUUAUAUGGUGUCCUUAUAUACCUGAUGAUACAGAUGAUACUAUCUCAGAAAAUAUUGACUCUUCAAAAGUUUUAGUCUUGACACACAGUGAAAGGGCUGAAAUCUGGAAUAUAGAUAUGAUAAUUAGAGAACAUGGUAGUGGUCCUAUUGAUCCUAGAAAUAUAGAUCUUGGUAUGAUAUCUAUAGAUAGUCAUGAUCAGCCAAUUAUUGAUGCUGCCUUUUCUCCUGAUGGUUCAGCUCUAGCUACUGCUAGUUUAAAUGGUGAAGUAAAAUUUUUCCAGGUGUACCUUUAUGAGGGUACUUCACCCAGAUGUUUACACCAAUGGAAACCACAUGAUGGCAAACCUCUGUCUUGUUUACAUUUCUUAGAUGAUCAUAAGAAUUUCAAUAUGGAGUGA